AUGAGGCACAUCAUAUCGUCGAUAAGAAGAAACUUCAAGAACUUGAGGAAGAGUUCAAGGGUUGGUGACGAAAACAUGAUUAGAAAUGGAAACAUAAUUGAGGUACCCAUGUUUGAUAACGUCGUUUUUAGAAGACGGCAUCAUCAUCAACUAAAUGGGUUUUCGUCGAUUUUAUAUGGCAUUAUCAAGGCUCCAUUCGCUAUUUUGUCCGGUGCAGUAUCUUAUUAUCCUCAAGCUAAUGGUGUUGAUGGUGCAUGGGCGAUGUCUGGUGAAUUCGGUAGGAUGUCCGAGAUGAAUAAUCUCAUGAUAAAUGAUAGUAUGCGAUAUGCAAUUUAUAUGUAG